AUGGAUAAAUUAAUAAUUGUUAAACAUUCAGAAAAUAAAAAUUAUUAUAGUAAUAAUCAAAAUGGCUUAUAUGUAAAAAACCCAUUUUGUUAUAUUAAAGUUUUCAGUUAUGAUGAUAUUAGAAACGCUUUAAAAUAUGCAAAAUCAAUUAAUAAAGGUGUGUCAAUAAGAAAUAGUGGGCAUAGCUGCAUAAACGAAUCUAUACAAGAUGAUUCGGUCAAUAUAGACAUGAGCGAGCUAAAUAGAGUUUUAGAGUUUAAUAUAGAUAAAGCAAAAAUCAAGUGUAAUAGUGCAGUAAAAUAUUUCGAUUUUUAUAAAAUAGUAACAGAAAAAGGAUUAGCAUGUCCAGGAGGUGGAUGUGGCGAUGUGUGUGUUGGUGGUCUUGUAUUGGGCGGUGGAAGUAAUUAUUUAGCACCAAAAUGGGGAACUGCAAGUGAUUGUGUAUUGGAAAUGACGGUAAUGCUAGCAGAUGAAUCAAUUAUAACCUGUUCAAAAACUGAAAAUGUAGAUUUAUUUUGGGCCUUAAGAGGUGCUGGUCAUUCAGGGUUUGCAAUAUUACUCGAUGUUACAUUUCAACUAUAUCCAAUAGAACCAUUGUUAUACUUUAAUAUAAUUAAAAUUUCACCAGAAUCAUUUUAUGAAAACUUGGAUUUAAUAAACAACUUUACAAAAACAAUGGAUACAUUAAUAUAUAUUUCAAUAGAUUUUAGAAAAAGCUAUAGAUUUCAAACAAAACAACAGGAUAACAGUAAUAAUAUAAAUAAACCACAGUCACCACCACCCUAUUUAGCAAAAAUCACAUAUUUUUAUAAUGGUAAACCGGAUGAAGGUGAAAAAUACUUUUUAGAAUUAUUAGGUUUACUCAAAGGCAAUGUUGUAUGUGAAAAAACAUCAUAUUUACAAGUUCAAAAAUCACUUAAUGACAUUUUAAGAUUAUUUUUAAUUGAACCAAAUCAAAAUAACCGUGCAUUCACAAAAUGUCGUAUCAAUAAAGACCUCACACCCGAAUCAAUUGAUGCAAUUAAAACCAUUAUGAAAUCUGUACCACAAUCAACUGAUGAAAUGACAGUACCCGAUAUCUAUUCAAGCUUCAGUUGUACUUUAUAUUACCAUGGUGGCCAAACAUCCAAAGUAGAUACAGAUGAAUCGGCCUAUAUCCACAGAAAAGCAAGAUGGAGUGUAGUAUUUAUGUGUAAUUAUAUAGAAAAGGAUAACGAUCAAUGUUUUAACUCAUGGAGAAAAUUAAUUGACGAUCAUAUCAAUUCGAUUGGUGAACAUAUCUAUCAAAACUAUCCAGAUGACCAAGUUACGAAUUGGGAAAGCUCAUACUAUGGAAUUGAACAUUACAAAAAACUUCAAUCUAUUAAAUUAAAAUAUGACCCAACAAACUAUUUUAAUUUUAAUCAGUCUAUUAAAUUACCAUAA